AUCGACCAGCAACGCCAGUAGGAUGGCGACUACUGAAGCCGAGCCGACGCUAUCUAUCCGGGAACAGCUCCUGCUUGCCCAGGCCGUCCACCAAGCACAGUCGACCGAACGAACAGAGAAGACGGUCGAUUGGGAGCAGGUCAUCGAGCUGAUUCAUGGCUAUCAACAGACCAGGAAGACGGAAGACUGGCUACUAGGCACAUCCUUUAACCCCACGGUCUGCUCCAACGUUUACUCGAACAUCUGCAAGACCUAUCUCGAAAAAGAUCUAGACCAACUGGAAUCAUUCGAUGCUUCACAAGCCCUAGACGUUGCCCGUCGGCUGUACGAGGUCCAUCUCAAAUCGAUCGCACAGGCUCUCCUAGAAGAGGAGAAGAAAACUCAAAGCCUUCAAACUGAAAUAGAGGCCAUCAAACGUGGAGAGUGGGAUGAUAAAUUGAUUGCUGAAGCCGAGAAACAGAGUAGUGCCGAGGUUCCACCAGUUCAAUCCCCCAAGCCCUCAGACUCUCAUCCAAGCCCAUCGAAUCCUGAGAUUUCAGGGAACGUAGAGGAGAAUGAGCCAGAUAAACAAAGCCUGACUGAUGAGGGUUCAAUAGCUCCGGUUUCUCUGGAGCGGUCGGCUGCAAAAAAAUCUCCAAUCGCUAGGACCAAGCGUGCUGCGAAGAAGGAAAUCCAAGAUUCAGAACUUUCUCCGGAUCAUAACGACUCCUCCUCGGCCACCGCUGAAGUGACGAAAAGCCGCAAACGAAAGGCUCCCCCUACCAGUCUCUCUCAACGCAAGACAGAUAAAACUCCGCGCCAAGAACCUGAAAAACCAUCUGUGACAAGUCCAAGUGAUUCAGCAGAAACACCCAGAGCGCCCGAAAGUCCGGCCUCAGAUGAUGACGAAACGGUGAUUCAACAGCUCACCAGAUCGCGUGACCGCCCAACUCCUAGUGGGCCAGUCACACGCAAGACCCGCAAAGUCGAGUUGGAAGCAAGCGAGCCGUCGGAAGCCAAACUGCCCCAUCAAAAAUCUUCACAAAAUAAGAAAAUCAAGCCCGAACAUGAGGACCUUCCCGAUUCCAAGACACAAAAGAUUUCAGAUAAAAGCUUAAGGAGUCGUGUGGCCAUUGGCAAAGUAACUUCGACACAUAACGAAGAAAAGAUGAGCGAAAAAUUGGAGCCAGACCCCGAAACUCAUCCAUCUUCCGCCAAGCCCGACAACAACGAGUCUCCCGCCGCUCACGCGAGCACGAAGGGACCCGAGGAUUCUCAUUCGGUCGCUCAUUCACCGGGUUCUAACAAGAGAUCGCUCCUGGAGAAUGACCAUUCGGCAGAUGGUAGUCGAGUGGGCACUCCCAACUCAGCCUCGUUUGCAACGGGGAUCACCGACGGGAAUUCGACGGCGAACCAGACGCCAAACUCGGCCAAGCUGCCACUAUUCCCAGCAGACGCGAGCUCGACAGGGCCACGGCAAGGGUCCUCAUCGACGACGAGUGACCCGACCUCGUUCAGGAGACGGAUGCUAAAGACCCAUUCAUCGGUCCAAUCCAACCCGAUCUCCUCUAUCUUCCGCGACCCUGUCAAGGAAUCUGAGGCGCCCGGGUACACUUCCAUCGUCAAAAGACCCAUGGAUCUUCGCACCCUCGCUAAGAAGUUGAGGGACGGUAAAGUGACCUCGACUGAGGAAUAUCGUCGAGAUUUGAUGCUCAUGUUGGCUAACGCCGUCAUGUUUAAUCACGAGGAUAGCGAAGUUACUAAACAUGCUAAAGAGUUAAUGGUUGAAUGUGAUAGAUUGGUUUCGAUCUUCAUGAGAGGAUCUCGCUAUUGAUCUCUCACAAAAAGUUGUGCAUUAUUUUUACCAAUCGAUCUCCUCUUGACGAAGGCUGUGUCACUACUGUCCUGGGGCAUCAGCAAAAAGAGCGAAGAUAUGCAUGUAUUUGUUAUUUGUCCAUAAUCUCCGACCUCUCCAUGUAAAAAACCCCUCCUUGACAAACACCUGGAUCAAUGAAUGAAAUACAUAAAGACUGUGAGGUGGGGUGUCAGAAUUCAUCUUUGUCGUCAAAAAAAGGUCUAGAAGGGACCGUGGCCUGCGCAAAUCUAUG